UGAAAAGACGACAACCGUAGAGAUAGAUAUCCCGCUGCUCUCCCAACGCCCACAAGCUAUCGCCCCCAGAGAAACCACCAACCACGCGCCCAAAACUCACCGGAGAUGGCGACCCACCGUCAAACCGCCCGACUAAUUACCAAGAACAGCCGCUGCUAGAUGGAGGCCCGGCGACGUCUCGCUCUCCUUUCUUCCCACCUCCGCCCAGUACCCACUUCCGCCACUUUGCCACCCGCAUCGAAUUCGAAACCCUUCUCCUAUGUCUCGCCUUUCAGUUGCUCCUCCAGUUCCUUGGACGCUGACGGGGGAAAUCUGGAAACCGGCUGCGUUUUCUGCAAAAUUAUUCUAGGCGAGUCGCCGGCUUUGAAGCUUUAUGAAGAUGACACAUGCCUAUGCAUUUUGGACAUAUAUCCAGUGAGUCCUGGGCAUUCUCUCAUUAUACCAAAAGCUCAUUUUCCUUCUCUGCAAGCAACUCCUCCACAUGUGGUAGGUGCCAUGUGCUCAAAAGUACCUUUUAUCAGCAAUGCACUUUUGAAAGCUACAGGUUGUGAUUCAUUCAACCUCUUGGUCAACAACGGUGCGCCUGCAGGCCAAGUAAUAUUUCAUACUCACCUCCAUAUAAUUCCUCGUAAGGCGCGGGAUGGUUUGUGGACUUGUGAGAGUUUGCCAAGACAUCCCUUGAAGUUAGACCAAGAAACUUCCCAACUAGCCGAUAGAGUUUGCAAGGAACUGUUAUUCUCAGAAAACUCUGAAGAAAGCAUGAGCCAAGGAUCUAAUCUGUUGGCAAAUGAAUGACAUAACUUAUCCCCAUUUGUAUAUCAUGUGUAUGAAUAUGGAUAUGGAUAUCUGUAUAGCCCAUUUUUUCAGGGAGUACAAUCCACCUGCAAAAAUGAGUUGCUGCUGGCUUUACAUUUUCAGGGUAUUUAGUUCUAACGUUCAGCAAAUUUGUUUUGUCUCUGAGAGCUCUGCUUGGUUUGGCCUUGGAGACUUUAUAACAUUUAUGCCAUUUGCGUUAGUUGUUAAAUGGUUAACAAAGAUUUAUGCCAUUUGCAUUACUUGUUA